GUAGAUUGUGUAUUAAGUGUCUUUGAACCUCAACUUCUGACUACCAGCUUUUCUUGGUGCAUCUAACAACUGACUGUAUAGCACUUGUUUUGGUAAACGUCUCUCAUCCAUUCUUGCAACAUGACGUACCCACUUUAGUUGCUGUCGAGUCAACAUGUAUUCAAUUCCUGUUAUUUCAGCUCUUUGCAGAACUUCUAUGUUUGUCACUCUUUCUGACCAAUGAAUUUUCAGUAUUCAACGCAGACAGCGAAGAAGAGUUGCAAGAACGACUGCUUUUGCUCCAUACGCUUUAUUCCUUUUUGCAAAUGUGCAGCAAUGUCCUUAUCAACACUGCAAUCCUCUGAAAGAAUACUGUCAAGGUUGCUGUCCUUUUCUGAGUUCAAUAUGUGGCAUCUAAUACAGCUAACGUUUUUGUUAAAUCGUAUCCAAAUGAGCUAUUUCAACCAGUGCCGUUUUAUUCUUGAGUUUGUAACUUGCUCACAUCAUGCGUCUUUUGAAAUGUAUCUCACUGCAUGGACCACACAGGUCUCAUUGCAUGUAAAGACUGGAGGAGCUGGUGUUUUGACCUAGGAAACAUGGUUUGGAUGAAGAAAUGCGUGCUAGACUUGACAAAUUUCAAUUUUAACUUAUCGAGGAAGGAGAGCGAUGUGCACAAGCAAGCAUCAAUGUUGGACAACUCAGUACUCUCUAACUAUAUGAUAUAUGUAAAAUAUAUUGUGAUAACCUUCUUUGGACUAUAAUAUACGGUAAUACGUUGUUGAGUGAAAGAUUGAAAGUUGUAAUGUCAGUAUCUUAAUUGUCUCGAUUUUUAGAAACGAGAGUAUAUGUCAUUUGCU